UCGUCAGCAAGUCAGAUCAUCACGGCGAACAAAACUCUUAAGCCAAUCAAAAAGGUCCUUGGACAUAAUGUUGACCAUAGGACUGGACCUGAAAGUGUAAUCCAACGAAAUGACACUAGAGGAGGAGGAAGAGGAGGAAGUACUAGAGGAUCUAUUGAAAGUGAAAAUCCACCAGCGACAAUUAAUUCACCCAAUCUAUCUGAUUGUGCAGCAAUUCAGCUUUUAGCUGAAGAUGUUGAAGAGAAAUUAGAAUCUCUCUUGAAAACCUUUGUAACUGAGGAUAAGCUUCGUCAAGAGGCUCGAUUGAAUUUGCUCAAUAAACGAAGUGCAUCAUUGACUAAUUUAAAUGCCUUCGAUCCUGGUGGAGGUGGAUCACCACAGGAAAGAACAAAUUAUCGAACAGUCCAAUCUUCCAAUCAAUCGAAUCAAAGACAAUCAACUAAUCAGGGAAGAUCUUUAUCUUCGGCAACAGGACGAGCAUCAAGUUUCAUUGUACAGAGAUCGCCAUCACCUUCAUCGUCACAAUCAUCAUCGUCAUCGCUAUCACAAUUAUCUCAAACAUCGCCAUCCUUACAAAGAUCUUCAUCAUCAUCUCAAAAUAUUUAUUCACCAUCAUCACCAACAACCAGCUCAUCAUCAACUCUUUCCACAUCAUCUUCAGCUACAAGUAAAAAGUCACCCUCCAGUGUCUCGACUCUUGGCUCAAAUACCACCACGACCAAUACAAGUAAACAGGGUAACCGAAAGAUUGCCAACAAAAAUGAGAAUCAUACAAGAUCAACAGCCAACAACAGCUCAACAAACAUCAGUCUGGUCCCGGAAGCUGAUAAAGUUAAAAUUAGAAACACAGAAUCUGCUGGAUCUUCAAUGGGAAUCAAAACAAAUUCAUCAACCGGCUAUGGAAAAGAUUUUGUCCAAGGUGGAAGAGGAAGAUUAACAGGUAGCCCAUUGUCAUCAUCAUCUUCACUUGGUGGUCAUUACUCAGGACCCGGAAGUAAAUUGAAACAAGCUCGAAGUCAAGAAGAUUUAAGAUUGUCCGCUGAAGUUGAAAGACUACUUUCCGGCUUAACUGAUUGGUCUCCUAAAUCGAGAUACAUCCAAUUAAUAGCGGAAAAAUCGGGCUUACUACCGGAUAAGAAAAAAUCUACAAGUUCAUCAAGAUUAUCAUCAUCAUCUUUAGGUUCUAAAAGUGAUCUUUCCUCUUCAACUAGGUCAAAUGGCCCAAGUAAAGGUCCAUCAGAAUCUGGGGGUCGUUUGUCUAGAUCAAGUAUCCAUGGUAAGGAUGGGUCAACUUUAAGAUCGGCAAGUAGAAGUCCUGAACGGGUUCCAAAGUUACCUGUAAUAAGUAAUAGCGAUGUAAAAGAUCAAUCGAAAUCAACGCAAAAAUUAAUUGGGUCCAAAGUAUCUCAAUCAACAGGACGAACAAGUUCACCUUCAUCAUUGACACACAAUCAAAACAAUACAAGUAAAGAGAUGACAAUUAACUCAUCGCCAUCUAGCACAAGGGGAACAACAAUAGCCCCUAAUAAUCAAAAGGUGAUCUCAAAAACACCAACACGAGAGACAAAAAGUAUGGAACAAAUUUUAGCCGAUGCAUUGAAAUUAACGGAAGACGAAACAGCGACCUUAGUUGCGACACGAGAAAAUUCAUUAGCCACUAAAUUAGCUAAACAAAGAGCAGAAGAAUCUAAAGGCAGUCCAAUAUUGAAAGAUUCGAGUUCAUCAUUAUUGACCAUUGAUGGAAAAUCAUCUCAAUCAAAUUCACUCAAUUCAGAGGGGACGAAAUGUUCAGAGAUGAAAACACCAAAAGAAGGGAAAAAAGAAAAGGAAGACGAUGGACGUUUCAAGGAUUCGUUGUUUUCGUCUCCCGUUAAUUACGCUAAAAGUAGAUUUGCAGCCUCGAAAGAAGCAAAUGAAAACACAAGUGAUCUCGAUAAUUUAAAUGGUUCCAAUUGCCGACAAUCAAUGGUCAAUGAAGCUAAACAAGCUUGGGAACAAAAAGCUUCCAAGCAAAGUAGCGACAAACCGAUCUACGUUCGAGGAUCGAGUGCUUUCAGUAAUCCCUGGUAUUCAACGAAAUCCAAUGAAGUUAAACCAACAUCAUCUCCAAGUAAUACCAAUGGACUAAAUGGAUCACCCAAACCAUCAACUACAAUUCAUCGCACUAAUCCAGUUCGACCAUUUUUAACCAAAGGAUCGGUGGCAGAGAGGGUUUUACUUUUCGAGAGGCGACCUGAGCUGAAAAAAGAGUCUAGAUCAUCUUUAAGUGAAGCUAAUAAAUCAAAAUCUCCCGUUCUUUAUAAUACUUGGCGAAAUCAAGAUAAAACUCAGAGUGAUGUUUCACAAAUUGCUCAGAAUUUCAUCCAACCUGUGAGCUCAAUCAGCCGUCGACCAUCAAUAAAUAGUGUAAGAAAUUCAUGGGGAAGUAGCUACAGUAUACCAAAGUUUUACUUUCCCUCUGGUCGACCUUAUUCUGCGAUUGAAGUUGAUGCUCGAAUACGAAGGAUCGUUGAAGAGUUUAAUCGUUUACCUGAAUGUUCAUCAAGUCGAGAAAAUUUCGGACGUAUAACCAAAGCGGCUGGACUUCCCUUAUACUGGAAACAGGCUCUAUUUAACGCGGCUAAUGGUGAUGCUCGUAAUCCGAUAAUCACUUGUGAUCAGUUUGUCAAAUACUUCAAGGAUCUUGUGUUAAGCUGCCAUGAUGAUGCUUCCAAAUUUGUCAGGAUUUAUUCACAGGGUAAACGAAGUUAUCUUUUACCUGAAGAUUUUAUCGCCAUGAUGCAAGAUGUCAUUGAGACUCACCCUGGAUUAGGAUUCUUGAAAGAAGCCACUGAGUUUCAUUCUCGUUAUGUUCACACGGUUAUUGCUCGAAUAUUUUAUUGUGUCAACAAAUCAUGGAGUGGACGGAUAACAAUUCCAGAACUAAAGAAGAGCAAUUUCCUUCUUGUUGUCUCUCUAUUGGAAGAGGAAGAUGAUAUCAACCAGAUUACAGAUUAUUUCUCAUAUGAACAUUUCUACGUAAUAUAUUGUAAAUUUUGGGAACUCGACAAGGAUCAUGAUCUGAUCAUCGACAAAGAAGAUUUGAUGAGACAUAAUGAUGCAGCUAUUUCAUCUCGAAUGAUAGACAGAAUAUUUUCCGGUGCUGUUACUCGAGGCCCUGUUCGUAGACAGGGUAAAAUGACUUAUGCUGAAUUUGUCUGGUUUCUCAUCUCGGAAGAAGACAAGAAACAUCCUCGAGCAGUUGAAUAUUGGUUCCGAUGUAUGGACAUUGAUGGUGAUGGUUUUUUGUCCAUGUACGAAUUAGAGUAUUUUUAUGAGGAGCAAGUUAAACGUAUGGAAGCUCUAGGAAUUGAAGCUUUGCCAUUUAAUGAUUGUCUUUGUCAGAUGCUGGAUAUGGUUCGACCUAAGGAAAUAGGACGAAUUGCCUUGGCUGACCUGAAAAGAUGUCGCAUGACUCCAGUAUUUUUUGACACAUUUUUCAAUUUGGACAAGUAUCUUGACCACGAGCAGCGAGAUCCGUUUUCAUCGAAAGACAAUGAUGACAAUAUAAUUUCCGAUUGGGAUCGAUUUGCUGCUGAAGAAUAUGAACUUCUGGUAGCUGAGGAAAGUGCUCAACAAGCUCGAUCCCGUUAAUAGAAAACAUAGAAAUCGAUAAUCAAAACAUCACUAAAACAUCAGAAUCCUUUAUCCUCACUUUAUUUACUCUUUUUUACUCACAACCACUGAGACUUUCAUAUUGAUCACGACAAUAACAAUACCACCUUCAUCUUUCACCUUAAUUCUCAUCAUCAUCUCAUAACUUUGGAUAAAGUAAAAACCGAAAAACUAAUCAAUACAACUAAGAUAUUACCGAAAAAUCAACAAUUAAUAAAAUCCAAUGUCUAUAAUCUCA